CUUGUAGAGCGGAAAACAGGUACGCAGAAUAUAAUGAUCGCCUUGCGCUACCGAAAGGUGAAAAGGGUUAGUUUUCAGCUGAUUUGGCCCCGAUAUCUCAGGCUGCUAUCAGGUAAACCAAAGUAAAAUGCAUCACCUUGAAGAACAAAAAAUAUUUAAUGUACCUACAGCUGAACCAGCAUUAGCUGGCUAGACCCAGCUAUUUUCCAGAUUGCCUGUGUUGUUGUUGCCUGCAUGCCCCUCUCGUUUGCCUGCUGCUACCACAAUCACUAUCAACAGACAUCAUUAUCAUCUCUGUCUUAUGGCUGUGAGUGGGUAGUGCCGACGACAACGACAGCGGCGGCGGUGGUCGUGCGCGCGCGCGGUCGAAGCGGAGGGAAACAUUCGAUCCACUACUACGACGAAACCACAUCCAUUUGCGGCGGCGUCAGCAACAGCAGCAGUGCGACGGCGUUUCGGCAACGACGAGGACGCCAAUGGCACUAGGCUAUAACUGCUUGCACGUAUUGGCUGGCGCGUUCCUCGCCGCAUCUCCGGUCGGCCGGUUGCUUUGCUGGCGCAGCGACGGCACUCCUCGCUUUGGCCCUUUACUGUUGUUGUUGUUGUUGCUGCUGCUGCUGGCAACGGCGCUGAUGCCGCAAAGGGAGCACGGUCUUCAUAAGCAGUAGUAGUGACGAUAAGGUUAGUUGGUAAUAGUAGACGAAGAUGACAGCGGCGGUGCUGAUGGUGGCUCGUCUUGCUCCGACCGUGGCCACGUUUUAGCGUCGCAGCCAUCGUCCCGCGAUCGGUGCUUAGCGUCACCGCCACCGCCACCGUCACCGUCACCGUUUACUGGCGGUAGAGCCGCCUUUAGCGUUGAUGCGUGCGGUGCGAGCCAGGCAGUGACAGCUGUAGGAGCAGGUAUAUACGAGCCGGACAGCAGUAGCAGCUGCUGGAAGAGGAGUAAUAGAAAUCUUCACCCAGCAGCAGUCGGCAGUGUUUCGUUCGCUCGUUCGUUUGGUCAGUCGGUAAUCGGACGUGCCAUCGGUCAGCUGGUUAGGCGGUCCGCCUUUUCCAGACGGUCAGAUAGACAAACUACGAAUAUACUGGACUGGUCGAGUCGAGGCGGUAGCGGAAGGCGAGCAAGCGACAAUUGCAGUUACUGCUUCUGUUGUGCUGCGAGCGCUGUCUGGCCGUCGGAUUGACAGGAUACCUUUUACGUGGUGCCUGCUGUUGUACUGACAACGGCCCCAGUGGACGUCUAGCAAAUGGCCAGCGAUCGAGAAAGGACAAGGUACAACAACAAUCGACGAAAUAGCUAAAUAACCAGCCAGUUAAUUCCACUAUUCCAAUGAUUUAUUCUAACAACCACGAAAAAUAGCAACAGCCCCAGAAGCACAAUCACAUUCUCAAGUAGCAAUGAAAGGACGACGAAAAUAACUUUGACUGGUACAGAUGGGGAUCGAGCACAUAGAUGACAAAGUGCAGAAAGUCCUCGGACGUGCAACUUGGCCAAAGGCACGUGAAAAUAAGCGGACUCCAGCAAACAAGUAGGCCCAAAGUUCCAGUUUGUUUCCGCCGCCACUGCUUCUUUGGUGCGACAAGUAGUUCUAGCGUCAUUAUUCGGAUCAGGAUCAGUGUAUUUUACGAUCUUCAGCAGCUGCAAAUCCCAGUGUGAUAAUAGACGUAGCUGGCGCCGCGGCAGGGCACAUCUGUACCUUCGCGGGGGCUGCUGCUGUGGCCGCUGUCAUCAUUAUCAGCGUCAGCAAGAGCGUCGUCGAGACUGUUGUGGUCGCCAUUGUAAUAGCCGGAAUGGAUAAAUGGCUGGAUGAAUGAGUGAGCGGGUGAGCGCUCAAUCACCGUCCAGAAGAAAGGGUCAAGAGGAUCCUGUCGCUGGUGCUGUCAACGCUGUUGUCACUGUCGAAAGCAGCACAACAGUUUCAACAGCAUCAGCGGCAGCAAUGUGUGGUUGGCAUUAAUGCUGAUGUCAGUGCUGCUGUUACUGCCAGCGUAACUGAAGUUCUCCUCGCUGCUGUGGCUGCUGAGAAGGCGGAUGACGACGCGUGUUGAACAGCAUGUUGGUGUGAUAUGAUGAGCUUCGAAUCGGUGGCGUGUCAGCAGCGUCAAAUGUCUCCUUGGUAAACGACAACAGAAUAGAUGACAACGGCUAGAAACAAUUGACCGAGCAACAAAUGAAUCGGACACAAACGCUGACAAGUUGUACUGAAUUUAGCUGAUAAUGGUGGUCGUAGUGAGACGAGAUCACUGCUGUUAUUGUGCGUGUUCACGUCAUUGCUCUCUCCUGAUGAUUGUUUGUUUAAUAUAAGUGCUCCUGGACCGUGGAUAAAGACAAAGCAGAGGUGUCGAGGAGAGCAACUUACCGACGCCAGUAGCUACGGGACAAACACAGACAAAGUGGAAAAUUUCAGUGGAACGUCACCGGUCACCCAUCGCUUACCCAGUUUGUGUCACACAGUUUUCUAAUCAGAUAAGUUCUAAUCACUUUUCUAAUCAGCUAAUUACGGAACAUUUUGUUCCCGUUUUAUCUAAGUCAGUUCUGCUCAGCUGUCGAAAGAUUACAGGAGCCGUGAGCUUUGUGGCUGGAUCGAAGUUGACGCGGUACCAAUGCGAUUCGUUGUUUCGUCGCCGUUAACAGCGGUUGUUGUUCUUGUUACACUGUCUCGUCGUUUCCAGCUGGAUGCUGCGAUAACAUUAAGACGAUUAUUUGUGGCCGCGGUGUAACUGCUGGCCGUCGUCGUUGUUGUUGUAGCAGCAGCAGCGAUGACGAUCGACACUGCGCCUCGGCGAUGCUGCUUCAUCGUUCCAUUCGACUUCGCCUACUAAUAAUGCAAAAAGUGCUAAAUCUACAACAAGCCUUACUGCUGUUUUCGUUGUAUUUUCGAUUGUUGCUUUUGUUAUUGUUGGUGUUGUUGUUGUGCUUCUUACUUUUGUUACUGUUGAUGUUGUUGUUGUGGUGGUGGUUAUCGUAAUUAUUCAUCGACAUCAGCGUUGGUGGUUAACCAGCGCAGUUGAGAAGACUCUUUGCCGACGAUGAUGGUGGCCACUAGUAUUCAGCCGGAUCGUCGCUAUUUUGUGCAGUGAUACUGUUAUAACAUCUCAUACGCUGACGCUAAUUCCGUAGAGCCAAUUACGUAUAUAGGUCCACAGUUUGACUAUUCAACACUUGUCUAAUCCAAUUGUACUGAACAAGAACUCAAGUAUACCGAUACGUUCGCAUGUUAAAACGAUUUAACCGCUCUACCGUAUCCGAUCGAAUGUUGACCUCGUCUUAAUUGAUCGAGAAAGUAGAAAGUACACCAUUUUCCGCAACACUGUUGCUAUUCUCUAUCGCUCGUUUUUUUGUUUUUUUUUUUGUCUGGUCCUUCUCCAACCGUUCGCCCGAGAAGGAGAUUUUUCAGUCCUUUAACGCCGUCGUUACAGGCUGCUGUAAACACUAGUCCGUCCCAGAACUCUGCUCCCCUCCGGACCUCAACGUGACGAAUCACGAUGAGGCAGCCGGCGGGGCUUUAAUGGCUGUCACAACAGGGAAGUGUCCCUCGGUGGGCCUUCCUGUAUUACUUUCAACUUUGCGACAGCUCAGCCAGGAAGAAGCAAUCAAGUUACGCGGGUUUUACUGAAGAUCCGAGCCGCCGCUAAGCGUCAAGCAUUGUCUCAUAGCACUGGACAGAAGCCGACAGUUAAAACCGCCGGAAGACCAAAUCCUCCUCAUAACAUCAAGCUAACAGCAGCAGUAGUCACUACGCGAAGACCGGCAGUUCAGUAGCCCUUACCAUCAAUAAUAUCCAUCGAACGUAUAAAGUAAACAACAAAAGUUGUUGAUCGUGUUUUAGGGGAGUUUUCAUUCUUUCUCACAAACAAGCAAUAACACAGUUUGCAAUAAGCUGUACCCACCCGUGCUAUCCAUCUAGAGCUCUGACGGACACCCAUCUCACACAUUUUUGCCUGCGUGUUCUUUGUCGUACUUGUUUGUCAGUGAAGUCGUCGUUCGUCAUGUCUAUAAAAGCAAAUCUGAUUGAGUGAAGCAAAAGUAUGAAAAAAGGAAACGUCGUGCGAGAAAAGCCAGCGACGUCCGCGUAACCCAGCGUUUGUGAAAAGCAUGAAAGGGAAGCUGAAGUGUUCGCCUGAAGUAUUAUCUCCUCCGAAAGUAGGCGACGCCAUCUAAAAAAGACAGCUUGCUAUCAGGAUGUCGGACCAUCUAUCCGCGACGUCCUUGCUUCACAUUGGGGAUGUGGUGUCCUUGUUUGCGGAAGGAACCUUCAACGGAUUCCUUUCUACGCUUGGUCUGGUAGAUGACCGCUGCGUAGUGAACCCGUCGGCAGGGGACCUAUCGAAUCCCCCUCGCAAAUUUCGUGAUUGUUGCUUUAAAGUGUGCCCCAUGAACAGGUAUUCGGCCCAGAAGCAGUUUUGGAAGGCGGCACAGUCCUCUAGUUCUUCGAAGGAAACCGAACCACUGCUUGUUAUGAAACUUAAGCACGCAGCGGACCUGGAGCGGAAACAGAACGAAACUGAAAAUAACAAGAUGGAGGGUAGUAAAGUGCAGUACGGACAAGUGAUUCAGCUUUUACAUCUGAAAUCUAACAAGUAUCUGACCGUGAAUAAACGUUUGCCUGCUCUGCUAGAGAAGAACGCCAUGCGGAUGAUGUUGGACUCGAACGGAAACGAAGGCUCAUGGUUUUACAUAAUGCCCUUCUACAAGCUAAGAACGGCCGGGGACAAUGUAGUCGUUGGAGACAAAGUUAUUUUGACGGCGGUCAACGCCACGCAGCCGCUGCACGUGUCUUCCUUCGAACUUCCCGAUCACCCCGGAUGCAAAGAGGUGAAUGCUGUUUCUGGGUCGGAGGUGUGUCAAACGUCAUGGAAGAUCUCGCUGUUCAUGGACUACAAAGAGAAUAUAGAGGACGUUUUAAAAGGGGGCGAUGUAGUGCGACUGUUUCAUGCGGAACAAGAAAAAUUCCUCACUAUGGAUGAAUUCAAAAAGAAACAAUACGUCUUUCUCAGGACGACGGGCCGCACAACAGCGGCAGCUGCAACGAGCUCGAAAGCUCUAUGGGAGGUGGAAGUAGUUCACUACGAUCCCUGCCGAGGAGGCGCAGGUCACUGGUCCAGCCUGUACAGGUUUAAGCACCUUGCUACUGGACAAUAUCUGGCAGCUGAAAUUGAUGAUGAUGAAACGCCAGAUGCGAUGCGAGCGAAGCUCCGUGGUGCAGCGAGUAAUCACCUCUAUCGGCUUGUGGCCGUUAGCGAUUGUCGAGAUGCGUCGACGAUCUUCGAGCUAGAUGCCACGACUUUCUCGCGCUGCGACAGCCUCGUACCGACAUCGUCCUAUGUACGACUUCAUCAUGUCAGUACAUCGUCGUGGGUUCAUUCAACCACGAUACCUAUUGACAAGAAUGAGGAUAAGCCCGUCAUGAUGCGCGUCGGGUGCGCCUGUGUUAAGGAAGACAAAGAGGCGUUCGCAAUCGUACCUGUAUCGGCUUCUGAAGUGCGUGACCUCGAUUUUGCCAAUGACGCCUGCAAGGUUCUACAGAAAAUUGCAACUGCUAUCGAAAGUGCUGAUUUUGCUCAAAAUGAGCGCAAAACUGCGACCCAGCUAUUACAAGAGGUGUGUUCGCAGAUUAUCUACUUUACCGCAAAUCAAGAAAACGACCCUAAAAAAGGCGACGCUCUUGAAUUGGUUGUUCAUGAACCUAAUCGGGAGCGACAGAAAUUGCUACGUGAACAGAAUAUACUUAAGCAGCUAUUCAAAAUUCUACAGGCCCCGUUCAACGAAGACAAAGCGGGUGGACCAAUGCUUCGCAUGGACGAGUUGGCCGACCCUCGUCACGCAUCGUACAAAUACAUCUGCCGUCUAUGCUAUCGGGUGCUUCGACUAUCACAACAGGAGUACCGUAAAAAUCAAGAAUACAUCGCCAAAUGGUUCGGCUUUAUGCAGAAACAGAUCGGCUAUGACGUCCUUGCCGAGGAUACAAUCACAGCGCUGCUACACUCAAAUCGUAAGCUGCUUGAAAAGCACAUUGGCGCAUCAGAGAUCGAGACGUUCGUAUCACUUGUACGCAAGAACCGCGAAUCUCGCUUUCUUGAUUACCUUUCCGAUCUUUGCAUUUCCAAACGGGUCGCGAUACCGGUCACACAAGAGUUAAUUUGCAAGAGCGUCCUCAGCGACGAAAACUCGGACAUUCUUAUCGAGACCAGACUAAUUCGGAACCAAGUAGAAGUGGAGUUGGCUGUAGAAUCCCGCCGCAACCUAGAGCCCCUGCUCACUGUUGAAGAAGAUGACGAAGUCUAUUUGACAUGGGACAAGGGCGAGAAAAGUAAAGGCAUUGUACCGCUAGCACAGGCAGCUAAAGAAUAUCUACAGAAUUCUGGAGCUCAUCCUGAAGGCGCCGAGGAUGCUCGCAUUCUCGAAUACUACCGUCAUCAACUUGAUCUCUUUUCGGGAAUGUGUCUCGAUAGACAAUAUCUCGCUAUUAAUAGACUGUCGCAUAUUCUCGAUAUCGACCUUAUUCAGAAAUGCAUGGCGGAUGAAAAUCUUCCGUACGACUUGCGGGCGGCCUUCUGCCGACUCAUGCUGCACAUGCACGUCGACAGGGAUCCGCAAGAGCAGAUCCAGCCCGUUAAGUACGCACGGUUGUGGAGCGAUAUCCCCAAACAGCUUUCCAUUCAAGAUUACGACGCAAACAAAAAUACGGAUAUCACUAAAAAGGAGGAAGUGCAACGUAAAUUUAAGAAGACCAUUACGUUUGUAGAAGACUACCUCUGUAAUGUGGUCGGCCAUGUGUGGUCGUUCUUCGAUCGGGAGCAGAACAAAUUAACUUACGAAGUCGUUAAAUUGGCUCGCGAACUCAUAUAUUUCGGUUUUUACUCCUUCAGCGACCUUCUUCGUCUUACAAAAACACUUCUUGGCAUUCUGGACUGCGUGCCUGAAAAUACAGUCCCGACCCAUCCUGAGCAAAACUCCAACCUGGAUUCGAUAUCCCUGCUAAACAGCAACCUCGCUAACUCGAAAACGAAUUCUCCAAUGGGCGUAACUCCUUCAGCUAUAGGUGCACUACAACCGUCUUCAAAGGAUACACUUGUGAUGGAUACGAAAUUAAAAAUCAUUGAAAUACUCUCGUUCAUCCUCGAUGUCAGACUAGAUUACAGGAUUACGGGUUUGUUGACGAUCUUCAAACGUGAAUUCGACGAUUCACACGAUAAAAAUGACAAGAAUACGGCGGACGACACUCUGACAAUUGGUGAUAAAGGCUUGGAUAUGCCCAAAAUAGCAAAGGAGGCCGAGGCCAUCUUUGGAGGUCCAGCGGAUACGACAGAAGUGGAUCUGGAUGGAAAAGGCGGACGCACAUUUCUCAGGGUCCUGCUUCACCUCACGAUGCAUGACUAUCCCCCGCUAGUGAGCGGAGCCCUGCGCUUACUCUUCCGUCACUUCAGCCAACGUCAAGAGGUGCUACAGGCAUUUAAACAGGUCCAGCUGCUUGUGUCAGAUCAGGAUGUAAAGAAUUACAACCAAAUAAAGCUCGAUCUAGAUGAAUUGCGCCUCUUGGUCGAAAAGAGCGAGUUGUGGGUGUUCAAGGCUCGCUCCCAGCAUCAAGCUCCCCUGGGAGUGCUCACGCCAAAUGGACAGCCAAUAAACCUCAGCAAUGCCAUGCUUGUGCCUGCUAAGGGCCCCCUGAAAAUGCAAGAGGAUGGUGAGGAGAAAAAAGAAGAAACUAACAUGUCCCGACGACCUCGAACCCCCAACGGUUUACAGCCGGAAACACCAGAAAUACACGGAGAACUGCUCGCGGCGAAUCAAGAAUCUCCAAUUGAUAAGAACCAGGGUCCACCGUUAGAAGCGAAUCAACAGGAGAACUACAAAAAAAUCCAACAGAUUCUUCUACGCCUUACCAACCUCUGUUACCAGGAAUCAGGGUCGAAUGUCAACAAGAAAAAGCAUGAGCAAAGACUGCUCCGGAACAUGGACGCCCAAGCAGCUGUGUUGGAUCUUUUGGCAAUUCCGUUCGAGAAAAAGGAAGAUGUGAGAAUGGUAGAACUCAUGCGACUGGCGCAUAACUUCCUUCAACAUUUUUGCCGAGGAAAUCACCAUAACCAACAAUUGCUGCACAAACGGCUUGACCUAUUUCUGAACCCUGGAUUACUGGAAGCUCAGACCAUGUGCGCCAUAUUUAAAGACAAUAUGGCGCUUUGUAAUGAUGUGACAGAGCGGGUAGUUCAACACUUCGUGCACCUCAUUGAAACACAUGGCAAACACGUUCAGUAUUUGAAAUUUUUGCAAACGAUUGUCAAAGCUGAGGGGACGUACAACCGCAAGUGCCAAGACAUGGUCAUGCAAGAGCUAGUGAAUGCGGGGGACGAGGCUCUCAUCUUUUACAAUGAUAAGUCUUCGUUUCGCCAACUGGUCGCAAUGAUGAAUGACAAGUCAGUGCGGUACGACGACGGUGGCAUGCUUCGCUACCACAUACAACUGGUAAAGUUGUUGGCUGCAUGCACCGAAGGCAAGAAUGGCCAAACAGAAAUCAGGUGCCUUUCGUUGUUAUCGCUGGAUGAUAUCGUACACGUGGUCACGCAUCAAUGCUGCCUUCCCGAAGUGAAGGAAGCAUACAUCAACUUCCUCUCCCAUUGCUUCAUCGACACUGAGGUUGAAAUGAAAGAGAUUUACACAAGUCACCAUAUUUGGACGCUGUUCGAAAAUUUCCUUAAAGACAUUGAGACAAUCUCUGCUAAAACUUACAAGAAUGACGACCCGCUCCUCGAGAACUACAUUACAUCGUCGGUGAUGAAUAUUGUCACGACGUUCUUUAAUUCUCCCUUCUCAGAGCAGUCUGCAGGGACACACCAGACGAUUUUCAUCCAACUGAUGCGCGCAGCUCACGAUCUCACUCAGGCGGGAUGGGUCAGCGUUCCACAGAAGAUGAAUAUUGAAACCUGCAUUAAGACGCUCUGGGAUAUCGCUAAAAAACGUAGCAUCGCGGUCCCAGUGGAUUUGGAAUCGCAGGUAGCAUCGCUAUUCGAUAAAACCGCAGCCGCGUCAAAGCAGGCGCGUGCUUGGGUGGCUCGUACACGAAAGGACGCUUCGCAACGUCCACCCAGCCCGCCAGUGUGUAGCAACAGCGCAAGCCUUGCGGGGGUUGCCAACAAAAGUUUCGAUAGGUCGAAAUCGCUGGACGAACAGGAGGGGGUUAUCAGGAGAACAAGCCCACCGACCUAUAGUUCGAAGGCGACUCCGAGCGAUCGCACGAUCAUAGAAGUCCUUCAGGAAAUCGUCGGCGUUUUGGAAGAUCAGUUGCGACCUCUGGUUCAGAGCGAGUUGUCCGUUUUGGUCGAUGUUCUCCACCAUCCGGAGUUGCUAUUCCCGGCGAACACAGACGCACGACGUAGGUGCGGCUCCGGAGGCUUCAUUUCAAGACUGAUCCGGCACACGGAACGCCUUCUCGAAGAAAAGGAAGAGCAGCUCUGCGUGCGCGUACUACAAACGCUCAGGGAAAUGAUGUCGUCUCUCGACUCAGAUUAUGGAGACAAGAUCGACCAGAAGCUGCUGACACAAAGAGAGCUUCUCGACAUUAAGCGGGGCGAACAGUUACGCGAGGCUCUUCUGGUUCGUUACUUCGGCAAACGACCUCUUACGGGAAGUGGAAAAGGCUCUAAAGGGGGUAAAGUCAGUGGGCCUGGAGACCGGGGAGGAUCGUCAGGGAGCAGCGCCAUCGGAGUAGCCAAAACGUCCCUGUCAUUCGCUUCAAGGCCGCUCAGUCGUACAGAGGUACAAUGUCACCUGGACCACGAGGGCGCUUCUGACCUUGUUGUAGAGCUGAUUAUGAAAAACCCUUCACACAAAAUCUUCAUUGAGAGUGUCGAAUUAGGCAUUGCACUUUUGGAAGGCGGAAACAACGUGAUACAACAAUCUGUGCUGCAAAAGCUCAUGUCAGGAAAUUCUUCAGAGAAAUUCUUCAAGGUGUUUAAUGAGAAAUUCGCGAAGGCUCAACAGGAGAUUAAAAAUACGGUGAUGGUAUCCACCGUUGACGUACACAAAACGAACAAUUCAACUACGAGUGGCAAAGAUUCUAAAGGUGGAGUUGGUGACAGAAAGAGCACUCCAGUGGCCAUUUCCAAUGGGAAAGUAGUGGUUAACGAAGAACUGAAACAAGAGUUAGAGGAGGCUGCACAGGAUACAUCGAAAGGAUAUCAACAAAUUCGACAGAGCGGAGCCGUCGCUGGAGUAGGUGCUGCGGUUGACAACGACACGAACGCUUACGUGCAAAUGUCUCCAAGUGAAGAGCAGGCCGAUGGAAAAGCUGGAAUUGGUCAACGAGGCACUGGCGGUGUGGAGGAUGAGCCCGCUCUGCACCCUUCAAUAGCUGUCAUGAAGCCAAUUCUUCGUUUCUUACAGCUGCUGUGCGAAAAUCACAAUCAAUCGUUACAAAAUUACCUGCGUUCGCAGAGCAAUAAACAAAACUUCAAUCUGGUGUCGGAAACACUUAUGUUCUUGGACUGUAUUUGCGGCUCGACAACGGGCGGCCUUGGCCUUUUGGGAUUAUAUAUUAAUGAGAGUAACGUUGCUCUCGUCAAUCAGACGUUGGAGACACUCACCGAAUACUGCCAGGGACCCUGUCAUGACAACCAGAACUGCAUAGGAAUGCAUGAAUCGAACGGCAUCGACAUUAUCAUUGCACUCAUUCUGAAUGACAUUAAUCCUCUGGGUAAGAAGCGUAUGGAUCUUGUUCUUGAGCUGAAGAACAAUGCUUCCAAACUGCUUUUGGCUAUUAUGGAAAGUCGAGGAGCAGAUUCGGAGAACGCUGAGCGUAUACUCUACAACAUGAGCCCAAAGCAACUGGUAGAUGUGGCGUGUAACGCAUAUCAUCAGGAUGAAGAAGACGACCUCGAGGAUUUUGACCUCGAGAGUGGCGCCGACGGGGACGGCGAUGCUGUCACGGACGAGUUGGGAGUGUCACCAAAAGAGGUCGGACACAACAUCUAUAUCCUCUGCCAUCAACUGGCCCAGCACAAUCGUGAGCUGGCAGCGCUACUCAAGCCCAAUGAACAAGAUCAGGACCCAAAAGUGUGUCAGGCACUGAAAUACUACGCCAGCCACACAGCUCAAAUCGAAAUCGUACGCCAGGACCGUUCGAUGGAACAAAUUGUUUUCCCUGUUCCACAGUUAUGCGAGUUCCUCACCCGUGAGACGAAAACGGCCGUCUACCAUACUACCGAACGGGAUGAGCAGGGCUCAAAGGUGUCGGACUUUUUCGAUAAAUCGGAAGAGCUUUUUAACGAAAUGAAAUGGCAGAAGAAGUUACGAAGCCAGUCGAUGCUGUAUUGGGUAUCUCGUCACAUGACAGUUUGGAGCACGAUUUCAUUCAAUCUUGCAGUGCUAAUCAAUAUCCUCGUCGCGAUAUUUUUCCCAUUUUCAAAGGCGGCAGAACUGACGCCGCGAAUGGCGGGCCCGAGCUGGCUACUGCUUCUAGUCACGUUCGCCUUGCUCCUUCUGGCGCCACGGACAGCGUCCGUGCGAGCAUUUGCCGUGGCCCUCGUCAUACGCCUCAUGUAUUCAAUGGGGCUGUAUCCGACGCUAAUGCUACUGGGUGCCUGUAAUGUAGCUUUUAGCGCCGUACACCUAGCGUCCAUUAUUGGCAACCACGGUACGUUAAGCAAGAGCGCCACCCAGAUAUUCUCCGAUUUUGAACUACUUUAUCACGUCGGCUAUUUGGCCGUGUGUGUUUCGGGCCUGUGCGUCCACCCGCUACUCUAUAGCGUACUGCUGCUCGACGUGGUCUAUCAGGAGGAGACGCUUUUGAAUGUGAUAAAAUCGGCGACGAGAAAUGGCAGGUCAAUCCUGCUCACGGCAGUUCUUGCACUUAUUCUUGUCUAUCUUUUCUCUAUUGUCGCCUUCCUUUGGUUUCGCGAUGACUUUCUGAUCGAAGUGGAUAACCCCCAAGACAACCACAUGAUGGGCUCACCGCUAUCGACCGAGUCACAGCCGCCGUAUCUAACCACACCACCUCCGUCAGUAGCACAGCAAGCUGCACAGGAAUCAGCAACGAUACGAGCUAACACUGCGGAUAAAAUCGAAUCAGACUAUUUACAGAAUCUGCGCGCCGAUACGAGUUUCUGUGUCCGACAACAGGCGAGUGAGCCGCCCGACUGUAGCAUGAACAUCACCCACACAAUCAUGUCCGCAAUCCGGCGAGCACAGCAAGCAGAUCGGAUUCGAUUCACUAGGGAUUCAACAAGUUCGGAUGAAGAGUCGCCAAAAGAUGUUGACAGGGAAACGGCAGCGGUAGCCGAGCAAGAGGACGAGAUGGUGAAGGAACGGGCCUGCGACACCCUCUUCAUGUGUAUUGUUACAACGCUGAAUCAUGGCCUUCGAAACGGCGGAGGAAUUGGCGAUGUCCUACGGCCGCCAAGCAGUCAAGAGCCACUCUACUUUUUCCGCGUCGUCUACGAUCUGAUGUUCUACUUUAUUGUUAUUGUUAUAGUUCUAAACCUGAUUUUUGGUGUUAUCAUCGACACAUUCGCCGACCUACGUUCAGAGAAACAACAAAAAGAGGAGACGCUCAAGAACACCUGCUUCAUUUGCGGUCUUGAAAGGGCAGCAUUUGACAACAAGAGCGUUAGCUUCGAGGAGCACAUCCGAGGCGAACAUAAUCUCUGGCAGUAUCUUUAUUAUAUUGUUCUUAUUAAAGUGAAAGAUCCCACCGAGUUCACCGGUCCUGAAAGCUAUGUGGCACAGAUGAUCCGCGAAAGGAACCUAGAUUGGUUCCCUCGUAUGAGAGCCAUGUCACUUGCAGCAGACGAUGCUGAAACUGAACAAAACGAAAUGCGAGCUAUGCAAACUCAGCUAGACCACACUCAGAAGCUUCUUAUGCAGGUUACUCAGCAGCUCAACGAUGUCAAAGAACAGCUAUCCGAGAAUCGCAAACAGCGCCAACGGCUAGGCCUGUUCAGCAGCCCUAUUCGUGCACGACCACUCCCACUUAAUCCAAAUAUAAGCGCUAAUACCCUUCAUUCAUCGACUGUAUCUGGUAACGUAAUAAACUGACAAUUAGCAUCCGGCUUCACUUUAACACCGUUGAUAUCACCUUCAAUAGGUAUCAUAGCACCUCAAAAUGGCCAGAUGAUAAGUCCCACUGGGGCAGUUACCCCAAAACUCCGAUCCGUGCGUAUGAGUUCGCCGAUGUCACCUACCGAGAAAAUGUCAUCACAAGGCAGUUGUUCAACAGCUGACGACUGCUCCAAGCACUAUCGUAGAAGUUCUUGCGCAAGAUUUCCUCUCGGCCUCGAAACGGCGACGAUGCAACAUGAACUUCAAGACGGAAACGGAGCCCUCUGGACUUUUGCGGCAUUAGCAGUCCUCAUACUCUAUUACUCAGGCGCUUUAUCAUCAUUUCGAACUCUAUAAAAGAACAACGAUGUCGAAAGGUUAAAUAGGUAUGAAGGUAGUGACGGGUUAAUAAAUUUACAGAUAAACAAAAUCGAUUUAUGUAUGUUAAAACAGAUGGUUAUGCACAUGCGGGAAGACGAUGGAUAAGGUAUUGAUUUAAAUGAUAAAAAAGCAUAAGACGUGAUCCCAAUCUGGUAAGUAGGAUAUGGCACAUACCGCAAGCGACAAUAUUUUCAAAAAGUAGCAUUAUUCCUUAUUCUGAGCAAUUUAAGUUGGCACGAUCAGCAAUUGUUACACGCCUUUAAUGAUGAGUAUGCCGAUAAAGGUGUGCUGGUGACGAGAAUGCUUGCCAUAUUUAAAAUGCAAUGGUUUUCGAAUAUGCGGAAGCGGAUAGGGUCGAGCCUGAGACGCGCCACUAGAGAAGAGACUAGUAACUUAUUAAAUGACGAAGAUGACAACGCAUGGUAUCAAGUUGAAUUGUUAUAAAGAUGGUAUAGUUGCCGCAGUGAUGGUGGAAGCGUGUUGCUUUGAAGGAGUGGUGCAAUUGUACCUCACAACGAAGUCAAAUUAGUGAUAUAUAAGACACAGUUGAAGGAUUUCAGGGUGAAAGAAACGAGGCAAGGGCGAAAAAAGUAUGUUUGAAAACAGGGAUUCUAAUCAGACUAGUGUGACGGUGCUUAUCGUCGAUAAAAAUCUGUCUUGUCGAAGUACGUAACGGUGGAAAGAUACAAUAUGAAGUGAGCGAAUCUAUAUUAAUCGCGUGUAUGCAUCAGAGUCAUCAAACCAUCGGCGUGUAUACAAACGCGUAAGAUAGGAACAGGAUAGGACAGCUGGGAAAGUACACCACAUAACGCCGACGGAGUCAUAAGCGUUGUCAGUCAAGGCCCUUGUGAAAGCUGGUACUUUGAUCUUGAUCUAGAUAGAGCGAUUGUGAUCAGCAGAGUAAUUACCCUCUAGCUGGAACACAGAACAACCAUUCUGCGGCUGAAAUGAAUUAGAAACAACUCUUUUACCUAUGAAGUGAACUCUAAGACAAACGAGUUCGUGCUGAUUCAUAGAGUCUCUAGACAAGCGAAAAGCUCGUUAUUAGCUCGUCUAAAGCGACGUUAGAUUUAUUAGGUUACAGUAUUUUAGUACGAAAUUAUAGUUAUUGAUAGUACGAAAAUGAUUGGUUUUCGUACAUGUAUCGAUAUUAAAAAACCUUCGCUUUGAAUAGAACCACAUAUAGCGGGUCCUUUUCUGCUUUGAAUAGAAAAUUCAAAAUACAUCCAAGAAGGAAAAAACAAUGGCAAAUGCAGUUACUAGUAUAGGAAUCCAGCAACCUAGUAUAUGAAUAGGAGCAUAGAAAAUGAGAUCUAGAAAUUUAAGUGGUGAUUAUUUGGUAAUCAGUUGACACCCUAGGUACACCUGGUGAAAAGCAAGCCAGCAGGCAUGCGUGAGUAAGUCGAUCAUGGAGACAAAGAAAAAACAAUAUCACGCAUGAGGCCUUGGAAUAUAAGAUUUGAAGAUUGAUUUGACAUUAUUUUAAACAUUUAUACGAUUGUAAUACUCGGCAUGGAACUGGUACGGGAAAAACAAAGAGCGCAAAGCAAACAACACGACGAAAGGGAAAUGCUUUCCAUGGUUAUCCUAAUUAUGCCUAAUAACACAUUAGAACAAUUGCGACUACGUCCUAAGUUUUUGCGCUCGUUUUUCUUUCGUCCAUUUUUCUGCACGAGUUCUUUAUUUCGUUAUAAAAUUUGUUUAUUUGAAAAAGAUACACUUCGUUGUUUCCCUUUGCUAAUCCAUAGACGUUUAUAUGCUCGUGUAGCUACGAAAAUGUUUUUUAGAUAGUCGCAUUUUCAGACAAAUGAUAGCUGAUCUUAUCACAAACAACUAUAUACAUAUAUAUGAUUCGGUGCACACUUAUAUGCUAACAUAAUCUGUAGUAAUAUAUAAGCUCUUAGUCGUUUCGAAUUAAUUAUUAAUACCCGAAUAAUAUUUCCCGAAAAUAGGUCACCUGGCCCGACCCGACCUGACCUGAUCUAGAACCGUGAAGUGUAAGAUGAUGACGAUCUAGACAUCCGAUAAUGAAAUGUACACCUAACGUUUUCGACGCAGAAAAAGGAUUAGAACAAUAAUAUAAUUGUUCUUAGGCCCGGUCCUAUUGGUAGUCUAGUUAGUAUUCAAAUAGGCCUAGACUGUUUUUCAGGCUAUUGGAUUGAGGAGGACCUAUGGGAACGAUUGAUGACGAAGAGUCUUGCCGUUAAUUUUUGCAGCUACCCUUUUCCACAUCAGUUUGUUCACUGACAUAUCUGCAAACGACUUUCGCUUAUAUAUAUAUAUAUAUAUAUAUAUAUACCGUGAGCAAAUUACUGCAAUUUAUAUACUUGAGCAAAUGCACAUUAUCAAGCCAUGAGCGUCGCAGGUCCCGUCAUGGUUUGCUGUGGCAAAAAGCAAGACAUGAGGUUCUUAAAAAAUGGCUUAGUCAAGCAUCGUGUGGCGCGCAUAAUGGUGAUAAGAUGAAAUCUGCUGUCAUGAGUUAAUUUUUCCUUGUUACUAUAGGAUGUCGGUUGGUCCAUUAUUCAUUUUGUAGUCAUAUAGUGAGUGCAAUAUAGAAACGCCACGGAAUAGGUGUAUCACAUACUAUACAUGUAGUGAAGGGCAGAAAACAAGAUCAAGUAAUACUGAUAACAAUGAAGGACUUGUAUAUAUAUAUAGAACUAGUUCCCGUUGCAAUAAAGCGUUGAGAUCUUAUAAGGCAAUAUUGAA